UCAAACCAAUUAAACAAAACUGUUUUUUUUAUGACAAAAGAGAAUGCUUGCUCGUGUUUUGUUUUAGCCGUGUUCAUAUUAAACCUCCAAAAACAGUUGUGUAAAUAUUACGUCGUAUUAUAGCAGUGAAGUAUUGAUAUGGCUUAGCUUAGUAUCAUUGCGUUCACCUGUUAAAUAUGUAUUUCUUAACCUCUUGCAUUAUCAUUACAAUUAUAUUCAAAAAUGUGAAUUCACAAUACAUUUACGAAACAGAUAUGAAUUUUCGUGUAGAUCCUGGCUCACGGACAUGUUUCUUUGAACAUGGUCAAGUUGGACAAAUGAUGGAGGUGCAUUACGAAGUUUUAGACGGACAACAUGGCGAUUUGGACAUAUCUUUCGAUAUCUUGGAUCCAAACGGUGUGAAACUAUUAUCAGAUUACAAGAAAUCCCAGAAUACGUUUCUUAUGGAAUUGGAGCAUGAGGGUGAAUAUGUUUUUUGUUUGGAUAAUUCGUAUAGUAUCAUGAAUUCUAAGCUCGUGUUCGUUGAUGUGCUGAUCGAAAAUAAAAAUAUGGAAGAGGAGCCGACCGUGGUGGAAGGUGAAGAGUUGGAGGAGAUUGUACAGUGGACAGGAGUGGAUGAAGCUGGAGUAACAUAUUACAUCGACGUAACUAAUAUAACGGAGUCUUUGAUGCGGACUCUCAAGUCAGUAGGCCAGGCGAGACACCAGCUGGAGCGGUACGGCGCAAUGAAGUCACGUGACAGUUACACUGCUUUUGAAGACACUUUCAUUGUGGAUGUGUGGUCAGGUUUUCAAAUAACUUUUAUGUUCAUUGUUGGGAUGAUACAAGUUUAUAUGAUAAAGAAACUUUUUAAUAGCCCAUGUUAUGUCAAUAAAUACUAAUUUGUCAAUAAAAAUUAUUUCAUUUUAAUC